AUGCGCACAGCGCCGGCGGAAGCGGCGAGACCCGCAGCACUGGCGGCGGAGCAGCAGCGGCAGCACCGGGAGAGCGGCAGCGGCGGCGGCGCCCGGGUGGGGCUGUGCCUGCUGUGCGGGCUGCCCGCGGCCGGCAAGUCCACGCUGGGCCGCGCCCUGAGCCGCCGGCUGCCGCAGCGGCCGGGCUGGGCGUGCGCACUGCUCGCCUACGACGAGCUCAUCCCGCCCGAGGCCUUCCGCACCAGCCCGUCCCCAUCGCUGCCCGGCUGGAAGCAGAGCCGCCGCGAGCUGCUGCAGUGCCUGGAGGGGCUCCUGCGGGCGCUGCUCACCGGGGCGCCUCUGCCCGGCCCCGCGCAGCCGGGCUGGCCGCGCUUCCUGCGCUGCUGCCGCCGGGAGGGGCUGCUGGCCGCCCCCGAUGGGGACACCGGAGCCGCCCCCCGGCCGCUCGUCCUCCUGCUGGAUGACAACUUCUAUUACCAGAGCAUGCGCUACGAGGUGUACCAGCUGGCCCGCAAAUACUCCUUGGGCUUCUGCCAGUUAUUUUUGGAGUGUCCAGUGGAAUGCUGCCUGCAGAGGAACCGCCUCAGGAGUCACCCUGUGCCUGAGCAGACCAUACAAUUAAUGGCAAGGAAAAUAGAGAUGCCAGAUCCCAGGAAAAACACCUGGGAGCAGCACAGCCUCAUCCUGAGCAGUUCUGAUGGCAUCUCAGAGGAUGAUGAGCAAAUCAUGAACUUGCUGGUCACUGCUUUGGAAAAUCCAGAGAGGCCAAAUGAGGAGGACACAGAGCAGAAGGAGGCAGCUCGAGCCGUGUGUGCAGCCAGUGCUGUCCAUCAGGCUGACCAGGCGUGCAGGAGAGCCAUCUCUGAGGCCAUGCAGGAUGCCAAAGGUAAAAACGUUCUCCCGAGUGAGAUGAAGAGCCUGGCAGAAGAACUCAACAAACUGAAAGCAGAAUUUUUGGAAGACUUGAGGCAAGGGAAGACUUUGAAAACCCAAUAUUCUGACCCUGCUACAAGUGUUAUUUCUUCAUUCCAACAGGAGGCAACCAAGGUAGUAAAUAAAUAUAUUUUAAAAUAAUGACACAGAGAAUGUUGGGUGUUUAGGAGUCCCAAGUGUUUCAAAUGCAGGACUCUGAGCACUGCUGAGAGAUCUGAGGUGCAGCUCCCCUCUCUGGAGCCCCUGUGCCUCCUCUCCCAUGAAAUGGGAGAUAAACACUUUAAUCAAGUCUAACCAAGCUGUUCUUGGCUGUGGAGAUCAAGCCAAGAGCAAACCAUCCUGAGAUUCAAAUUUCCCAGAAUCAGGAAGAGUUAACCCAGGAGGAGCACCAGGGAAAUCACCAGCUCCACCCCUGGAAGGAUAUGCAAUUAAAAAUUGACAUGGGAACUAAUUAGAAAGUGUUAUUUUAUUCAUAUCUUACAAAAGCAAAGCUUCACAACAUGAACUACACGAGAUUGAGUUAUUUCAGAAUUAACCUUGUCGUCUCAGAAACGUUCACUAACAUUAAAAUUUAUUUUACAACUCUAACAGCUUUCAUUUUUGCAUAAAAUCUGCUCUUUACACUGAAAUACAUAUUAUUAACAAAGUAGGUACUUAGAAGCACAUACACAAAGAUUGCUCAAUGAAAAAUGCUUUAGCAGGAGAGAGAUUUCCUGCAGCAGAACAUCAUUUGCUGUAGAUUUUCAAAGAAGCUUAAAAUUAGUAGAAAACUUGCCAGUGAAGACUUCUAAAUUACAUUCCCUUUGUCAAAAAGAAACAAAAAGCAAACCCUCAAAACAUUCUGGAACAAAACAAACAUUAACAGAUUAUUUGUCUGGAAAACACUGCUGGAAGGUGUCCCAGCACUGAGUUUUAUAUUAAAAAGCCAAUCAACAUUUUAUGUCUAAACAUGUGUCUGUGAAAAAAUAUUUUUCCUAUUGCCUCCUGCACAGUUGAAUAUUAACUGAGCUAAUGAAGAUGUUCAAAUAUUCAUAUGUUCAUUGGAAUAUUCAGUCUCAAAUAUUCAUAUGUUCAUUGGAAUAUUCAGUCUCAAAACUGUGAGUGUGUAUUAAAUAGUGCACAUUAGAAAUGUCCACAAAGCUAUAAAAUAAUCUGUGACAAUAAAAACAAAACCCCACAA